CCCUGGGCCCAGGUCAUGCGGCAGCUGGAGAACAGCAUCGAGAAGACCUCGGUGAAGAUCACCAUGUGCCACAACAUCGACGCGCUGUACGUGGGCUUGCUGGAUUAUCUCAAGAGGGAGCUGGCAGCAUAUCCCACGCAGCUGGACAAACUGCAGAGUCUCGUGUCCAACUACUGCUCGGAGCUGUCGGACAUGUCGGUUAUGUCCCGAGACGCUAUGAUGAUCACGGAAGAAGUCAAGAUGAACAUGAGCCAGGCGGAGGCCUCCUUCAUUGAAGAGCGCAGGGCUCGCGAGAACCGGCUCACCCAGCAGAAGAAACUUAUCGACAAGAUCCACACCAAGGAGACCAGCGAGAAAUACCGACGGGGCCGCAGGGACCUGGAUUUCCCCUCAAGCCUGGUGAGCGUGGAGAACCUGAAAGUGAAGCGGACAGAGUCCUCCAAGGCCGACAUCGAGUACCAGGCGAAGGUGACCAUGCUGGUGGACCAUGUGAAGACUGCUGUGCGCUGCUCCCACCUCUGGGACAUCGCCGGGCGCUUCCUGGCCCAGAGGAACACGGAGGAGAACCUGGAGCUGCAGAUGGAGGACUGCGAGGCGCGGAGGAAGCAGCUGGAAGCCUUGAUGAAGAAAUUGGAGCUGGAGCAAGUGGUGCUCAAGUUCCACCAGGCACCCAACUCCAUCAGCUUUGUGAUGGUUGAAAAGAAGCUUAAGGACACGCUCAAAGAGGAGGAGGGGCGGCUCCAGCUGGCCCUCAGCAACCUGACCAAGAGCCAGAAGCUGUUGCUGACGGUCCAGACAGGCAUCGACAACCUCUACUUCCGGCUCAUCGGCAUCCCCCCGCCGCUCGGCCAGAAAGAAGUGGAAAUCGCCAGCCCCGCAGAUGUGUAUGGCAAGCUGGUGUACUGCGAGAAGAAGCUCACGUACCUGAUGAGCAGGGUGGAGAAGCUGGCCCCAACUGAGGAGGUCACCAUGAAGGUGAAGGACAUCCUGGAGUCGUCCACCCUCAAGGAGAAGCAGAAUACCAAGAUUAGCUUUGAGGAUCUGGAGGAGGACGUGAUAGUGAAGAUCGUCAUCCGGGGGGACAGGAACACGGGCAAGACGGCGCUGUGGCACCGGCUGCAGGGGAAGCCCUUCCUGGAGGAGUACAUCCCCACGCAGGAGAUCCAGGUCACCAGCAUCCACUGGAACUACAAGACCACAGACGACAUUGUGAAGGUGGAGGUCUGGGACGUGGUGGACAAAGGCCACAAGCUCCUCCUCAGUGACACGAGGGGGAAAUGCAAAAAGCGGGGUGAAGGCCUGAAAAUGGAGAACGACCCUCAAGAGGCGGACUCUGAGCUGGCACUGGAUGCAGAGUUCCUGGACGUGUACAAGAACUGCAAUGGCGUGGUCAUGAUGUUUGACAUCACCAAGCAGUGGACCUUCCACUACAUUCUGCGUGAGCUGCCCAAGGUGCCCACCCACGUGCCUGUGUGCGUGCUGGGGAACCACCGUGACAUGGGCGAGCACCGCGUCAUCCUGCCUGACGACGUGCGUGACCUCAUCGACCACUUGGACAGGCCCCCAGGCUCCUCCUACUUCCGCUACGCGGAGUCUUCCAUGAAGAACAGCUUUGGCCUGAAGUAUCUGCACAAGUUCUUCAACAUCCCCUUCCUGCAACUGCAGAGGGAGACCCUGCUGCGGCAGCUGGAGACCAACCAGCUGGACAUUGACGCCACGCUAGAGGAGCUGCAGGUGCAGCAGGAGACCGAGGACCAGAACUAUGAGAUCUUCUUGGAGAUGAUGGAGGCCCGAGGCCGAGGCCACAUGGCCAACGGGCAGAGCCCAGCCUCCGGAUCCCAGUCGCCCGUCGUCCCUGUGGGUGCUGCCUCCCCCAGCAGCUCCAGCCCCAGCACACCCCAGCCCGCCCCACCACCACCACCAGCCCCUGCCCCCAGCCCACCCCCGCCACCCCUGUCCUUGGGGGCAGAGGCCCUGUCCCCACAGGCCCCAGCCUCCAUGCCCCCUGCCACUGCUCCGGCCCAGGCCCCGGCCCCGGCCCCUCGCCGCAGCAUCAUCUCACGCCUGUUUGGGACCUCACCUGCUGCUGAGCCGGCGCCCCCUGCCCCAGAGCCGUCCCUGGCCACAGAGGCCCUGGCCAAGGCAUCCAAGGUGGAGGACUUUGUUCCUGAAGACAGCCUGGACCGCAGCUUCCUGGAGGAUGCUGCCCCCCCACCAGAGGAGAAGAGGACCAAGCGCCCCCAGCAGGAGAGCGACAGUGACGGGGAGGCCCUGGGUGGCAACCCUCUGGUGACCGGUUUUCAAGAUGACGUGGACCUGGAAGACAGAGCCCCGCCGUGCGCCGACCCCCUUCCCAGCCAGAAUGUCACCCUGUCCAGUGAGGAGGAGGCCACAGGACUGGUCCCUCAGACAUGCCUGCAGCCAGAGAUGAAAUGGCCCUCCCAGAAGCCUCCAAAGCCCCAGGCCCAGGUGGGCCCCUCACCAGCCCAGGAGCCUCAGAGGCCAGAGACACAGGGCGAGGGGAAGGCUGUCCUCGGAGGGCCGGCAUCCAGGACCACAGCUGCCCCCUGCGAGCCUGAGGGAGCCAAGGCCGAGCGAGCAGCGUCGUCAGAGAGUGACCCUGAGGGACCUGUGGCCACCCAGAUGCUGUCCUUCCUCAUGGAUGACCCGGACUUUGAGAGCGAUGAGUCUAACACACCCCGGAAAGUGAGCCAGUUCCCAGUCCGAGAGGACCUCUCUGACCUGACGGAUGAGGACACUCCCCCAGCCCGGCCCCCUCGGCCCCCUGCACCCCCCUUCAGACCUGAGAACGACACCGACCUCUUUGGCCUGGGCCUCGGGGAGCCGGGCUCCAGGGACAGCAGCGAUGAAGACCAGGGCAGCAAGGCCCCCUCCCGAGAGAAGAAGAAGAAGAAGAGGAGGAGCAAGGAGCCCGCCCAGGAGGAGGAGAAAGCAGAGAAGAGGAGGAGCAGACACAAGAAGGGCAAGGACAAGGACGAGGGCAGGGCCGAGAAGAAGAAGAAGAAGGCACCACGCAGCAGGAAGGAGGCCACUGAUGAGCUGGAGGCCUUCCUGGGGGGUGGGGCCCCUGGCAGCCAGCACCCCGGGGGCGGGGACUACGAGGAACUCUAGGUGGCUGCAGUGGCCACCCUACAGGAGGUGGGGGCGAGGCAGCGGGACGGCCCUGGGGCCCUCAGCGUUUCUCAGGGAUGUGACUGAGAGGGACCUGCGGGUCUGUUUACAGGGGUGCCUGCCCCCAGCCCCGCUCACAGUCCCCACCCCUGGCAUGUGAUGGCACCUCUUCCACCACAUGGGGGCCCUGUGGCAAGUCUCCCCCAGUGCCUGCCAGGUUGAGCCGCAGGGAACCCAAAUCUUCCUGGUGUGCCGGGCAGGUGGCCAGGCCAGCGGGGCUGAGGCUCUGUCAUCAGCCGCAGAUGUGCCCUCGGCCAUAAAGCGCUCCUGUUUCA